AUGAAAUACUUGGGACUCUGGCUGGACGGCACUUGGAGUUUUGGCGAUCAUUUCAAUCGUCUGACUGGCAAGAUUGAAGGAAUAGCCUGCUGCCUAGCCUCGGUGGGCCAGACGAUCGAUUACAUUGGCUGUAUGCAGAUACGAUUAGCCUUCUAUCCGCCAGUGUGGGCGGGCGAGGCGAUGGCUACCACUCGUAUUAAAAUGUGCUGCGUAGAGCACAAAAGAUGGUCGCCAUUUGCUUCGUCCGUGGCUAUCGUACCGUGGCGCAUGCAGCGGGUCCGAGGGCUUGUUAGAGCCCAAGCCCGACGACAAAUGGUAGAAGAGUGUUUGGGUAACAUUCUCCCAUCAAAUUCGGGCAGAAGAGUCGUCGGAGCCGUAAGGUUUAUACUGGAAGAGUGGGUUGACAGGCCUCACGGCAGGAUGUCAUUCUAUAUGACACAGGUGUUCUCCGGGCAUGGUUGCUUUGCACCACGCGGUGCCACUACAGCGUGGAGGACAGAGACACGGCGCAGUACACACUGGAGUUUUGCCCAGCGUGGGCAGAAGAGCGCCGUGUCCUUGUGCAAAAAAUCGGGAACGAUCUAUCGCUCCCGGCAAUUGUCAGCAAGAUGCUGGAAAGCAAAGAGAAUUGGAAUGGCGGUGGUCUUCUUCUGCAGCAAAGUGAUGCUGCAGGAGAUUGCUGAGAGAAGAGAAAGAAAGGGAGAGGCGGGGAAGCGGAGAAGACGCCGCCUCGACCCUGAAGCCCAGGAAAAAUGA